AUGGGAGGAUUCAUUGACAUGUUGCCAGAAGAUUGUGUAUCCACAAUCCUAUCCUUCACCUCUCCAACAGACACAUUUAGAUCUUCAAUGGUGUCAUCCACCUUUAAUUCAGCGGCGAAGUCCGACGUUGUUUGGGAGAUGUUCUUGCCGGCUGAUUAUAAGGAUGUUUUGUCAAGGGUGGUCACUCCUUUGGCAUUUACUACAAAGAAGGAGCUCUUUCUUUGUCUGUGCAAUCCAAUUCUCAUAGAUGGUGGUAGAAAGAGCUUCAAGUUAGAGAAAUUGUCAGGAAAAAUAUCGUAUAUGCUGUCAGCAAAAGAACUUUCUAUAUCAUCGCAAAAUGAUCCAAUGCAGUGGACCUGGAAAUCAAUACCUCAAUCAAGAUUCUCCGAAGUGGCUGAGCUUAGAACAACAUCUUGGUUAGAAAUUCAUGGCAAAAUCAAAACUCAAAUUCUAUCACCUAACACAACAUAUGGCGCUUAUCUUAUAAUGAAAAUUUCUAAUCGUGCAUAUGGACUUGAUUCAAUACCGUCUGAAAUGUCAAUUGAGGUGGGCAAUAAAGUAUGUAAUGGCACGACUUAUCUUCGUCAGGAAGAUGGCAAGAAGCAACAAAUGGAUUGCUUAUUUUAUAGGAACCGCACAGAAGUGUUGAGAAAGAGAGUGAUAGAGGGCAUUGAACAAAUCCCAAGUGAAAGAGAGGAUGGGUGGAUGGAGAUUGAGCUGGGAGAGUUCUUUAGUGGUGAAAGUUAUGAGGAGGUGAAGAUGAGUUUUAUGGAGGUUAAGGGUUAUCAAUCAAAAGGAGGACUCAUCCUUGAAGGAAUUGAAAUAAGGCCUAAAAACUAUGAAUGA